AUGCCCAUGCAUGCAAGAAGGGCUCUACCAUCUUUAGCUCGGCCACUAAAGGAGACUCUUUGUCCUAGGAAAGAUUACUUCUAUCGCUCUUAUGCAUUGAAGUCUUCGUCUACUUUUAAGAUUGGCCGCUCCAAAUCAUUAAAGCAGGAUAAAUAUGCUUUGGAAUCACCAACAGCUAGUAAUAAGGUUUUUGCAUUUGGAAACUUCUCAAGUUUACAGACUCCGACUGCGAAGGGGUUACAGCUGACUAACAACGUUCUUCAAAACAUAUCAUCAUUUGAUUCAUUGAAGAUUUUUCCAACUGUAAGAGCAGCUAUGAUCGAGGAAAUUAAAGAAGGUUACAAUUUGAAGAGCACAUAUAUCAAGGAUAAGAGUGAAAUAGAAUUAAAGCCGUCUCCUGUACAAAUUGCUGCUAUUAGAAAAAUUAAUCAAUCUCGAAGUAGAAGACUUUCAAAUGAAAAGCGUUCUGAGAAACGGCAAACUAGUAUUAUUGACGAGCUUGCCAAGAACAAUGAGCAAAACAGACUUAAGGUUUUUACCAUUGCUGCUGAGACCGGUUCAGGUAAGACAUGGGCGUAUUUGGCUCCUUUGUUGAGUAAAUUGAAGGAACAAGAUUUGGAAUCUUUCAGAACCUCAAGAAAAGCGUAUGAAGAAUUUAAAAAUGCCCCCCAAAUUCGUUCUUUAAUACUACUACCAACUCACGAGCUUGUUGAACAAGUUUAUGAGUGUGUAAGGAGAGCCUCAUUACUACCCUACAACUUAGAUCAGAUCAUUACUUCUAGUGUUUCAAAAGAUAAGGAUUAUGUGGAGUUUUUGAAUUUGCCUGAAAAUAAAGAGUCCUUGAACUUAUCAGUAUUAAAGUGGGGCUCUGGUGAUCCACAUACAAAGCUAUUCAAUGCCGCUAAUAAUAAAGUUGAUAUUUUGAUUACAACUCCAUCGAAAAUAAUUGGCUUGGCGAAGCUCAAUAAUGUGAGCCAUCCAUUUAAAUGCUUAAGCAGAAUUGAAUACUGUGUGGUAGAUGAAGCUGACACUCUUUUUGACAAAUCUUGGAUUGUUGAUACAACUUCUGUUAUUAAAAAAUUACGAGGAUGUAAGGAUCUUGUGUUUUGUUCUGCUACCAUACCGAAAGAAUUCAAAAAAACAAUGUCAAAUAUGUUUCCGGACAGUCAUUCAAUAAUCAAUAUUGUAACACCCCAGCUUCAUAAAAUACCGAAACAAAUUGUUUUAAAGGUUAUCGAUGCUCAGUUAUCUCCUUACAAUGGUUCCAAAACAAGGUGUUUAGCUCAGGCACUAUAUGCAAUUUAUAACGAUGGCACAGAAAAAGGCUUCGUUAAACGGAUUUUGGUUUUUGUGAAUGAAAAAAAGGAUGUGGAACCUUUGGUAAACGUUUUAAUCAACAAGUUCUCCUUUGAAGGGGGUGAUAUUAUUGGUGUAACGGGAAAGGAUUCAGCGACCGACAGGAUGGCUAAAAUUGAACCUUUUUUAAGACCAGCCGAAUUGUUGGAUUCCGAUGAAGAUCAAAGCAAAAUUAAGGUUUUGGUGACUACUGAUUUAUUAGCCAGGGGAUUAAAUUUUGUAGGUAUUAAAAAUGUCAUCUUGAUGGAUUUACCUAAUACGUCAGUUGAUUUGGUCCACAGAAUUGGUAGAACUGGAAGAAUGAGACAAUCUGGAAGAGUCUUUGUUAUUAUAGAUAAAAAAACCCGGAAAUCGUGGAUAAAGGGUCUUCCAAAUGCCAUCAAGAAAGGAAUGACAUUAGGAUAA